AUGGAUCAACAACAAGGCCAGCAGGGCCCCAUGGGUCCCGCCGGCCGCCGUCUGCACAUUGCGCAUCGCCGCAGUCCCUCAGAGCUGACGCCACUGAUGAUGGAACAACUAGCCAUUGCACAGCAGAUUGAGGUCCUCCAGCAGCAACAGCAGCAGAUCGCCGCAACACACCAGCAAUAUGUCAACAUGGGUAUGAUUCAGCCACAGCAGCAGCUGGGCAACUUUCAGAUGCAGGGCCAAAUGCCCAACGUCUCUCCUCAAGUCAACAACUACCAAUUCGCCCAGCAGAUGCCCCAGCAGCAACAGCAUCUUGCUGUCCCAAUGAACGCUCCCGCCCAGCCCUCCGCCCACCGCCGCAACCAGUCCGCCCUUCCCAAUGUUGGUCUGGGUCCCCCACCUGCACCCUCUUCCGGAGCCUCUGGAUUUGGCGAUUUUGGUGCACAACAGGGUGGUCAGGGUAGAGAGAAUGUAAACCCUCGUGGCCGCGGCGGUGGCGGUGCUGGUGGCUCUGGUCACACCCGUCGCCACUCACUCGCUCUCGCAGAUGCCAAGAAGGCUGCUGAGCAAGCCGAAUCGAAGCGGAAGACUUCGGGCUUCCAGUUCCCCAUCCCAGGCUCAAAUGAGGGCAGCUCCAACCGUGAUGCAAGCCCUGGCGCACCUGGUGCUGCCAACGACACUCCUUCCGGCCGAGGUGGACGAGGCGCCCACGGCCGUAGCCAGAGCAUGGCUGUCGGACGUGGUGGUGGAGGCGCUGGUCGAGGUGGUCCAUCUUUCUCAUUCCCAGCUACAAGUGAGAACCCUACCAACCAGGCUACUCAGCAGGGCGAGUUCCAACGCCGUGGCAGCCAGGGUCAUGGCCGCAGCCAAUCACGCAACUUUGAGGGCAACUGGAGACAGCCCCAGAACAACAACCAGCAGCAGUCUACUCAAGACAACCAGUCCCAGAACAUGGGUAACUUCAACAUGAACCAAACCGCCAAUGCCGCUCCUUUCCAGCCCGGUCACCGCAGUCGUGGAUCGGUCAACCAAUCCCUUGGUGGUCUUGGCAACUUCCAGUAUGCUGGCCAGCCACAGAUGCAGAUGCAGUCACCUCAGGCCCAGCUCCUGCUGCAACAGCAGAUGUUCGGUCAGCCAUUGAACCCUAUGCAGAUUGCUCACUUGCAGGCCCUUCAGGCUGCUCAGAUGCAAGGUGGCCUCGGCGGCAGCCAGCAUGCUCCGCAGAUGAACAUGCAGCAACAGCAACAGCAGCAACGCAAGACACUAUUCACUCCUUACCUUCCCCAGGCAACCCUGCCUGCCCUUCUCGGCGACGGCCAACUCGUUGCCGGUAUCCUCCGCGUCAACAAGAAGAAUCGCAGCGAUGCCUAUGUGACGACUACUGACCUGGAUGCUGACAUUUUCAUCUGUGGUAGUAAAGACAGGAACCGAGCUCUCGAAGGAGAUCUCGUUGCUGUUGAACUUCUUGACGUUGACGAAGUGUGGGGACAGAAACGCGAAAAAGAAGAGAAGAAGAAGCGCAAGGACAACGCCGACCCUCGCGGUGCUAGUAUUGCCGUUAACGAUGCCACCACACAACCUGAAACUGGCUCUGAGGGUGGUAUUCGUCGACGUGGCAGUCUUCGCCAGCGACCAACACAGAAGAAGAAUGACGAUGUUGAAGUCGAGGGACAAAGCUUGCUCCUCAUGGAGGAGGAGGAAAUCAAUGAUGAGCUCAAGCCUCUGUAUGCAGGCCACAUUGUUGCUGUCAUCGAGCGUGUCGCAGGACAAAUGUUCUCUGGUUCUCUCGGACUUCUACGUCCUAGCAGCCAAGCUACAAAGGAAAAGCAGGAAGCCGAGCGCCAAGCUCGUGAAGGCAACACUGGCCGAACUCAACCAGAGCGCCAGGAUAAACCCAAGAUUGUCUGGUUCAAGCCUACAGACAAGCGUGUACCCUUGAUUGCUAUUCCCACUGAACAAGCACCACGGGACUUUGUCGAGAAACACCAGGAAUAUGCCGACCGCAUUUUCGUGGCAUGCAUUAAGCGAUGGCCCAUUACAUCGCUGCAUCCCUUUGGUACCCUUGUUGAGCAGCUUGGUGUCAUGGGUGACCUUAAGGUGGAAACCGAUGCCCUCCUGCGCGACAACAACUUUGGCCCAGACGACUUCUCUGACGCCGUCAUCAAGAACGUUGGCUUCGAGGACUGGUCGGUCGCCAAUGACGGCGAAGAGGCAUUGAAGAACCGCCGCGACUUCAGGGGUGAGGAGACAUUCACCAUCGACCCCAACGGCAGCAAGGAGCUCGAUGAUGCCAUUCACUUCAAGUACCUCGACGACGGCCGCGUCGAGAUUGGUGUUCACGUGACGGAUAUUGCCCACUUUAUCAAGGCCAACUCACUUGUUGACCGUGAGGCCAAGAAGCGCGGAACCGCCGUGUACCUCAUGAACCGCACAGUCAACAUGCUACCUCCUAAGCUAUCCAAUGAUAUCUGCUGCCUCAACCCAGGUGAGGAGCGCUACACGGUCAGUGUUGUCUUCAAGGCCGAUCCGGCUUCUGGCAAGGUCUUUGAGGAUGAGACUUGGAUUGGCAAGUCUGUGAUCAAGAGCUCUGGAAAGCUGUCGUAUGACGAGGUCGACUCCGUUAUCAGCGGAAACGACGAUUCAGUCUCGGCAGCCCGUGCUAAGGACAUCAAGAUGCUGCAUCACAUCUCGCAAAAGUUCCGCCAGACUCGCUUUGGCGAUCGCGUUUCCGAUGUCAAGGCUCUGCGCCUCAUGUACCAAUUGGACGACGAGAACGUUCCUGUUGAGCAAAACAUUUUCGACUCUUCUUCUGCGCACGAAUGCAUUGAAGAGCUCAGCCAUCUCGUCAACGCCACCGUUGCGAAGAAGCUUGCGGCAGGUCUGCCAGAAAAGGCUCUCCUGCGCCGUCAAGCACCUCCCAACCCCCGCCGAUUGAUGACAAUUGCGGAGCGCAUGGGUGCCAUUGGAUACGAGCUCAACACCGAGAGCAGCGGCUCUCUCCAGAAUAGCUUGUUCGAGGUUGAGGAUGACGAUCUCCGAAAGGGUAUGGAGACUUUGGUCAUCAAGUCAAUGCCCCGUGCCAAGUACUUCAUUGCGGGCAAGCUGCCUGAGGAACAGUAUCCGCACUACGCCCUCAACCUUCCCAGGUACACUCACUUCACCAACCCAUCCCGCCGCUAUGCCGAUAUUGUUGUGCACCGCCAGUUGGAGGCUGUCCUGUCAAACGGCGCCAUCGAGUUCACCGAAGACAUUGAGGCUCUCGCCAAGACUGCUGAGAUGUGCAACACCAAGAAGGACUCGGCUCACUCUGCCCAAGAGCAGAGCGUUCACAUUGAGGCCUGCCGCAAGAUGGACAAGGUCAGGCAGGAGAGUGGUGGUGAUCUCAUCGCGGAAGGUAUCGUCCUCUGCGUGUACGAGUCUGCUUUCGACGUGCUCAUUCCCGAGUGGGGCUUCGAGAAGCGCGUCCACUGUGACCAGCUUCCUCUCAAGAAGGCCGAGUUCGACAAGAACAAGCGUCUGCUUGAGCUCUACUGGGAGAAGGGUGUCCCAUCAUCCAACUACAUCCCAGAGGACGAGCGACCCAAGCAUGGCUCACUCCGUUCGGCCAAUGCUGCCGCAGCUGCGCGUGAAGCUGAGGCAGCGAAGCAGCGUGCGAGGGAACAAGAAGAGGCUCAGCGUAGGCAGAUGGACACCGGCACCAUGUCGACUAACGAGGAGGCUGCGCUGUUUGACGACGAUGAUGACGAUGAUGAUGCCAACGACCUCAACUCGAACAUGGCUGGUGUGUCGCUGAACCCCGACCGCCCAACUCAGAGUAUGCCCCCAUCGCCCACCAGGCGCGAUCUUCCUGGCGCUCCUCACCGCGUCAACUCGGAUUCGAAGAUUGCCCAAAGUGCCGGCGAGGCUGCGGAGAACAAGUUGACCAACAAGGAGAAGUAUCUGAGCUGGUUCACCUUGCGCGAGGAGAACGGCGACUACAUCCAGGAUGUACGGGAGAUGACGAGGGUUCCAGUUAUUCUUAAGACGGAUCUGACCAAGAGUCCUCCUUGCUUGACCAUCCGAUCCCUGAACCCAUAUGCCCUCUAG